AUGUAUAAGCGAGGACAAGGAAGGGAUCGUCUACUAGUUGGCAUCUAUGUCGACAACCUAUUGAUAACCGGAGCGGAUGAGGAGGAGAUUGCUAAGUUCAAGCUACAGAUGAAGGAGUUAUUCAAGAUGAGUGAUCUAGGCUUGUUGACCUACUAUCUUGGGAUCGAGGUGCAACAAAAGCUGGGUGAGAUUACACUAUGCCAGGAGGCAUAUGCGAAGAAGAUACUCGAGAAUUGUGGCAUGGAAGAUUGCAAUCCAACUCAAGUUCCAAUGGAACCUCGGGUUAAACUAAGCAAGAAGAGCGAAGCACCCGCGGUUGAUGCAACGGAGUAUAGGAGUGUGGUCGGAAGUUUGAGGUAUCUCGUGAACACAAGACCGGACUUGGCCUAUUCCGUUGGCAUUGUGAGUCGCUACAUGGAAGCACCCACAACGGAACAUUGGGCAGCGGUAAAACAUAUACUCAGGUACAUCAAAGGGACAACUGACUACGGUAUUGUCUAUUUGAAAGAGAAGGGGAAGGUGAAGAUACUUGGCUAUAGUGACAGCGACAUGGCAGGCGAUGUUGACGACCGUAAGAGUACCUCGGGCGUGGCAUAUUUCCUUGGAAAUAGCAUCGUAAGUUGGCUAUCGCAGAAGCAAAAGGUAGUUGCAUUAUCUUCCUGUGAAGCUGAGUAUAUAGCAGCUGCGACCGCGGCAUGUCAAGGUGUGUGGCUAGGGAGGCUACUCGGUGACCUCAAGGAGGAGGAAGCGGAAAGGGUGGUGCUCAAUGUUGACAACAAGUUUACAAUCUCUUUGUGCAAGAAUCCGGUGCACCAUGACAUGAGUAAGCACAUUGAUACGAGGUAUCACUACAUACGGGGGUGUGUAGAGGAGAACAAGAUUGAAGUCAACUAUGUUCGCACCGAUGAUCAGCUUGCAGAUAUUCUGACCAAGUCUUUAGGUCGACUGAAGUUCUUGGAGAUGCGACGAAGGAUCGGCGUCCAAGCUGUGAAGACGAGCACAUCGUGCUUAGGGGGGUGA